AUGCCCCUCCCCGCCGCCGCCGCCGCCGUCGUGGCCGUUGCUCUCUUCAGCAUGUGCCGCUCCGCUUCGGCGCUGACGGUUCAGUGCCACGGGGCGCCCGGCGCGCAGACGCCCACGAUCCUGACGACCGACUACGAGACGCUGUCCAACGACAUCCUGAGCAACAACUUCAACCCGCCGCUCUCGGACCCGAUCAAGCUGGGCCCCGUGCAGCAGCAGCCGUUCCCCAACAUCGGUACCGCGAGCGCCUGCCUCAGCAACGACUUCAUCUUCGAAAGCGCCAGCAUCGCCCUGAGCGACGUCCAGGCCGCAGCCGCCGCCAUCUUCUCCCAGUGCUUCCUCGUCCCCGGGGUCACCUCCGGUACGGGUGGACAGUCGACGCUGACCUCCAACGACGGGAGCGGCAUCACGGUCAUCUUCAAUGUCGCUCCGCCGGGGUUGGCGUGCUAA